GCUUUCGCUUUCAGGGUUUACUUGGCAACCUCUCUCGAGCACAAACACGGCACACAAGGCGCGCUCGGACGGCAGCGGCGGCGAGAACAAACACGCUGAUACGCCGUGAGUCUUUCCGACUUCUUCUUGAGCUGUUUGGUUGGUUGAGCCGUCGUCGAGUGCCUUGAGGUCAUACCGCCUCUGCCCACAACGACAGUGCCCUUUUUCGCUUGUCCGUGCGAUCCAGCACCAUGACAGACUCAUCAGAGACGGUCCGGUAUUUUACGCCGGCCGAGGUGGCGGCUCACAAUUGCGAAGCCGACAUCUGGGUAUCGUUCUUGGGCAAGGUCUUGGAUUUGACCAAGCUCGUGCGCGAGCACCAAGGCAAUCUACUUCUCAAGCCCCUCCUUCUCUGCGCUGGCAAGGACAUUUCCCACUGGUUUGACCCCAAAACCGGCAACAUGCGGACGCACAUUGAUCCGAUCACGGGUCUUGAACUGCCGUUCACACCCCAUGGACGUGUUCUGGACGUGCCCCCAGCCUGCCCGUCUUCGCGUUGGGCCACAAACUUUGGCACGCCCUGGUGGCGGGACGAUGAUCAUGUUGUGGGCCGACUGUCUGAACGCACCCGGCUCAUCAAGGUCACCAACAUGCUCACCAAGGAAUCUCAAACCAUCGAGGUGUGCAACGAAGAGCCGCUGCGACAAAUUCAACAGCGGUAUCAAACCUACAAUUCCCACUCACGCUCCUAUACAUGGAAGCACCUCACCAAGGUGCUAGACAUGAACCUGACCCUCGCGGAGAAUGGGGUUGAGGAACUUGCAGACGAAUUUGACCGAUUGCACAUUGACCGCAAUGAGUUUAUUCCUGAGCUACAGAUCUAUUACAACGACGAUCUCCUUCCUUCGGCAUAACAUGCCUCCACUCAGCCUUGGCGCGCCAACGCGCCAGCUCCCUUCCCUCCCCGUUUUCGCCCCUCUCGUGUGUGUUUGCCCUCUGUCCAAGCUCGCCCAUCAAUUUUAUCUGACAAAU